CUUUUGUUAAAACCCUAAAAUUAUCAGAGUUUCCAGCUUUUAGAGAGAGAAAGAGCUUUUGGCAAUAUAUAAAACAGAAGAAGAUCUCUACCUAUAUAUAUACAUAUUCUCCAAUCUUUGAAAAACAGUCUUGAUUAUUAAUUUCUCUUUUCCCAAUCCUUGAUUGUUGAAUCUUACUUUCUUCUUUGAUUGGCUUAGAGCUUGGUAUAUUGAUCAUACCAAAGUGGGUAGGAGCACAAAGUGAUUGAUUAACCCAAACACAAAACAAACAGAUUUGACUCAAAAAGAGGGAAAAUGAAUUCUAACAACUGGCUUGGCUUUCCUCUUUCACCAAACCACUCGUCUUUGCCUCCUCAUGAAUACAACCUUGGCUUGGUCAGCGACCAUAUGGACAACCCCUUUCAAACACAAGAGUGGAAUAUGAUCAAUCCACACUCUGGAGGAGGAGAGGUUCCAAAAGUGGCUGAUUUUCUCGGUGUGAGCAAACCGGACGAAAACCAAUCCGACCACCUCGUAGCUUACAACGACUCGAAUUACUACUUCCAUACCAAUAGCUUGAUGCCUACCGUCCAAUCAAACGACGUCGUCGUAGCUUGUGACUCCAAUACUCCUAACAAUAGCUAUGAGCUUCAGGAGAGUGCUCACAAUCUACAGUCACUCACUUUGUCCAUGGGGACCACCGGUGGUAAUAACGCUGCAGCCAAAGCUUCGCCGUCCGACACCACCGGCGAUAACACUAGCGGUGGAGCACUACCGGUUACUGAGACGGCCACGCCGAGGCGGGCUCUGGACACUUUCGGACAACGAACCUCGAUCUAUCGUGGUGUCACAAGGCAUCGAUGGACCGGUCGAUAUGAAGCUCACCUGUGGGAUAAUAGUUGUAGAAGGGAAGGCCAGUCUAGGAAAGGAAGACAAGGUAAAUUUGUUGGCAUAGGUGGGUAUGACAAAGAAGACAAAGCAGCAAGAUCAUAUGAUCUAGCUGCACUUAAGUACUGGGGUCCUUCAACUACUACUAAUUUCCCUAUUACUAACUACGAGAAAGAAGUAGAGGAAAUGAAGCACAUGACGAGACAAGAGUUCGUGGCUGCUAUUAGAAGGAAAAGUAGCGGAUUCUCACGUGGCGCUUCUAUGUAUCGAGGAGUAACAAGGCAUCACCAACAUGGAAGAUGGCAAGCAAGGAUCGGCCGAGUCGCCGGAAACAAAGAUCUCUACUUAGGAACCUUUAGCACCGAGGAAGAAGCAGCAGAAGCUUACGAUAUAGCCGCGAUAAAGUUCAGAGGACUCAACGCAGUGACCAACUUCGAGAUCAACCGGUACGACGUGAAGGCCAUCCUAGAGAGCAGUACUCUUCCCAUAGGAGGAGGCGCGGCUAAGCGGCUCAAAGAAGCUCAGGCUCUUGAAUCUUCAAGGAAACGCGAGGCAGAGAUGAUAGCCCUUGGUUCAAGUUUCCAGUACGGUGGUGGCUCGAGCUCAGGCUCUGGCUCGGGAUCAUCAAGGCUUCAGCUUCAACCUUACCCUCUAAGCAUUCAACAACCAUUAGAGCCUUUUCUAUCUCUUCAGAACAAUGACAUCUCUCAUUACAACAACAACAACAACGCUCAUGAUUCCUCCUCUUUCAAUCACCAUAGCUAUAUGCAGACGCAGCUUCAUCUUCAUCAACAAACCAACAAUUACUUGCAGCAACAAUCGAGUCAGAACUCGCAGCAGCUCUACAACGCUUAUCUCCAGAGCAAUCCGGCUCUGCUUCAUGGCCUUGUCUCCACAUCUAUCGUUGACAACAGCAACAAUGGAGGCAGCUCUAGUGGGAACUACAACACUGCAGCGUUUCUUGGGAACCACGGCAUUGGUAUUGGGUCGAGCUCGACCGUUGGAUCCACCGAGGAGUUCCCAACCGUUAAAACAGAUUACGAUAUGCCCUCGAGUGAUGGCACCGGAGGGUAUGGUGGCUGGACCGGUGAGUCUGUUCAGGGGUCGAAUCCUGGUGGUGUUUUCACAAUGUGGAAUGAAUGAAGGGGCCUGUUUCUUGCGGCACAAAGAAAGAGGUCAAAAUAGUAACUAUUAAAAAAUUUAAUCAUUAUUCUGAUUUUUUUUGUUUCUUUUCUUGGAAGUAAUAGAAUCAAAUUAGAAGGAACUUUUAGUAGAAGAAUUAGGUAACGCAACGGUUCUUUUUAAGGCGGAGGUGACGAUUCUCGGUGGUUAAAUGGUUCUUGAGGGUUAGUGUUUUAUGGGUACUCAAUUAAGUUCAAGAGUACCCAAAUUUUGUCUAAAGCUAACCCUUUUGACUAAUUUCCAAACUUGUAAUUCGUUUUUUUGUUGACAGCACUUGUAAUUCGUUUAUAUUUAUGUUUUACUGGUUCUUAUUAUA